AGUCAUAAUACCUGGUUCUAUUCACAUUCAGAUAUUCAUAAGGAGGAAGCAGGGAAGUAGAGGGAAGUGUUCUGGAUAUACACACCAACUUAUACAUUCCACACAGUAGUACCGGUAAAGCCUUGGUUUUGUAUAAGAUGGUCUUUCCUAGACUACCGGAGGACAAUUGCUGUGGAUGGGUUGUCUCUACAGGACAAUACAUUCUGCACUGAGUCUGGUCGUCGACAGAAUUUCUCAGAAGUUGGAGCUCCUUGAGAGGCCCAUCGUUAAUACUUGUGUGUGACUGAUCUCAGAGCUAAGCGGAGGGCUUGGCCUCCUGACCGUCUCUCUCUCUUUCAUUAACUGUGAGAAGAAACUUGGAGGCUACAUUUUUCACACUGAGGAAAUUCAAGGAAAUUCGGCAAAAAUAAUUGCUAAUAAGGCCUCUGUAGCCAUGGCUACUUCUGACGUGAAACCAAAAUCAAUAAGUCGUGCCAAGAAAUGGUCAGAGGAAAUAGAAAAUCUGUACAGAUUUCAACAAGCAGGAUAUCGGGAUGAAAUUGAAUAUAAACAAGUGAAACAAGUUGCCAUGGUCGACCGAUGGCCAGAGACAGGGUACGUGAAGAAACUUCAGCGGAGGGACAAUACUUUCUUCUACUACAACAAAGAGAGGGAGUGCGAGGACAAGGAGGUCCACAAAGUGAAGGUUUACGUCUACUGACCUUUUCCUUUCUUCGGCUUGGCAAUGCUCCUUUAAGAAUUGGUUGUUUACAUUCUUCCAUCGUGUAAAUGUCAUUUUACAAAACAAUUCACAAUUCUGUCUUUAAUUCAUGGUGUCUUACACAACAUAAACACCCACCUUGAAACCUUGAA